AUGACGAAGGAGAUUUAUGGAGAGCACACGGUUGUGGGAACUAAGAACGGUGUGCUAAGAGAUGUGGCUAAGAAGUUUUUGAGCUUCAAGGUUGGCGAGGGAACCCUGAUAUUCAUGUGGCUAGACUGUUGGCAUUCAGAUGGUUAUCUUCUUGAUAGGUAUGGAUUUGGACCUGUUUAUGAUGUAGGUAGUUGUGUUGAUGCAAAGCUCUCUUCCAUCAUCCAAGGUGGGGAGUGGUUUUGGCCUUAUGCUCAUUCAGAUCUUCUAGUUCACAUCCAAGGUCAGCUCUCUUUGGUAAAUAUUGGGGUAAAGGAUCUAGCUAUUUGGAAAGCAAAGAGAGGAGUUUACAAUUGUGCAGAAACUUGGGAUGCUCUGCGGGAGAAGGAAAAUGUUGUUGAGAGGUGGAAGAUUGUGUGGUUUUCGGUGGCCAUUCCUCGUCACUCUUUCUUGCUUUGGCUUGUUUUUAGGGAUGCCUUGAUUACUAAGGAAAAAAAUGUGCAAAUGGGGCUAUGA